AUGCGAACCAAUGGAGGGUUAUUGUCGUCAUCAAAUGCAUUGGGUGAUUUCAAUUGGAGGGUAAACGAAACAGCCGUUAUAUUGUUGAACGAAUUUGGGAUCGUUUUGAUUCGGCAGUCGUUGUGUCGUGGUAAUGAGAUAGGCAUUACGUUCCAAUUGAUGAACAACGAUUCGUAUCGUACAGAGAAGAUAGAACUGUUAUUCCCCCCGCGACCGGCGUUCCAAUCACGUCAUUGCAGAAAGGAGGUCGGAGCGAGUUUCCCAAGCAACAUCAUGCAAAAAAGAAAACAUAAAAGUCAGAAAUCCACCUCCGUAAAGACCCCGUUCGUGUCGGAGACGGCGGGGAGAGGGACAGCGGAAAUAGUAAACACGUACCAAAAGAGAAUAUUGGAAAUUGAAGUAUAUAUCCCGAGAGGAGAGUGGGAUGUGUGUUUGUAUGGUUCAGUUAUUGAUGUCCCCAAGUUAGAGUUUCCACUCUGCGAAAACA